GGGAGCCGCGUUUGGCAGCCGGUGGAAGGAAACGUUAAAGGGGAGGGUGGGGGGGAAAGCAAGCCUUUGUCUUGGAAAUCAGCAUCUCAUCUUUCCUGCCGCCCGACGUGCUGCCGGCGGCGGUGAAAGCCACGUUUUGGGCUCGUUUGUUCUUCUCGCCGCCCCAGGCAUGUCUUGACUUAGCGACGAGCGGCUGCCGUUCGCCUGCACUUCCGACGGAUGUCUUUGUAGCCACAGCGCCGGGCUGGGAGGCUGGGGAGCGCGUAUCGAGCUGUGUGUGAAAUUCCCAUGAUCGCAGGCUGAAGGAGGAAGAACUGGAAGAAAGGAGCAGUUGUGUUGGUUUUGCUUCUUGCUGGGUCAGCCUUCCUGGAUGGUCGCAUUACUCUCUGGUGAACACAUUGUCAAGCGAGUACAGGGAAAGAGGCUUGAUUAUUUUUCCCCCUGAUUGGUUUCCGUCGUGAGCAUCGUGCCGAAAUUACCACUUUUCUCCCAGUUUGCUGGUCCGCACGGAGGCAGCGGGAAUAUGCUCAUGAAGGAGUACCGGAUCUGCAUGCCUCUGACAGUUGAAGAGUACAGAAUUGGACAGCUGUACAUGAUAAGCAAGCACAGUCAUGAGCAGAGUGACCGAGGAGAAGGUGUGGAAGUGGUGCAGAAUGAGCCUUAUGAAGAUCCAAACCAUGGCAAUGGUCAGCUAACAGAGAAACGGGUCUAUCUCAACAGCAAACUGCCUAGCUGGGCUAGAGCAGUUGUUCCCAAAAUAUUUUAUGUUACAGAGAAGGCUUGGAAUUAUUAUCCUUAUACGAUCACAGAAUACACAUGUUCAUUUUUGCCGAAAUUCUCCAUUCAUAUAGAGACAAAAUAUGAGGACAACAAAGGAAGCAAUGACAGUAUUUUUGACAAGGAAGCGAAGGACCUGGAGCGAGAAGUCUGCUUCAUCGACAUCGCCAGCGAUGAGGUCCCCGAGCGCUACUACAAAGAGUCAGAGGAUCCUAAAUAUUUCAAGUCACAGAAGACUGGGAGAGGCCAAUUAAAAGAAGGCUGGAGAGAGACUCAUCAGCCAAUUAUGUGUUCCUACAAACUUGUGACUGUGAAAUUUGAAGUCUGGGGACUUCAAACCAGAGUAGAGCAAUUUGUACAUAAGGUGGUGAGAGACAUCCUGCUGAUCGGGCACCGUCAGGCCUUCGCCUGGGUGGAUGAGUGGUACGAUAUGACUAUGGAUGAUGUUCGAGAAUACGAGAAAAAUAUGCAUGAAAAAACCAACAUUAAAGUUUGCAACCAACAUUCAUCUACUGUGGAUGAAAUAGAGAGCCAUGCCAAAGCAAGUACAUGACAAUGGAUGAAGUCCGAGAGUUUGAACGAGCAACUCAGGAAGCCACCAACAGGAAGAUUGGGGUUUUCCCACCUGCAAUAUCUAUCUCUAACAUUUCUAUGCCUUCUUCAACCCGCAGUGCUCCAUCUAGUGCUCCAUCCACUCCUCUCUCCACAGAUGCUCCUGAUUUCCUAACAGUUCCCAAAGACCGGCCUCGGAAAAAGUCUGCUCCAGAAACUCUCACUCUUCCAGAUCCAGCUAAAAAAAACCUUUAAAUUAACCCAGCAUGUUUCCUCCUGAUAAGCCAUGUCUACCACAGCAAGAGUGAUGUAACUCAGUUUCUACAAAGGUCAUGGUGGUUUGCUGGUUGUUUGUUUUUUUCUUUUCUUAAAAUAAUCUUACUGGUGUGGGAAGAUUCCUUCCCUCCUCAGACCUGAUCCUUAAACCUUUCAGAGAAGUGCAUGCAAGACAACCUAGUUUAUCUAUUCCUGAAGUAGUGUUUCAAGCCAUAUGGUGCAUCUCACUGACAUACAAUUAAAUAGUCUGAGGGGAAUCCCAGAAAAGAAAAUAGAUAUUUCUGUAGCAGAAUUGUACCUACAAAUCCUCAUCUAGGUCAUAGCAUUUGCAAUUAGGAGUAGGUAUUGAGUAAAGCUGCCAAGGACUUCUGAGGCAAAUUAGUGCCAACUAGAAUGCAGGGGUAACAGGAAAAAAAACCUCCUAUUUUCUUCUUUCAUAGCUGAUUUUAAAACCCUUCCUACUCUCAGUCUUCUCCUGUGUAUCCAUAAACCUUUGACCUGUAACUCAUUGUACUUGAACACCAACAGCAAUCACUCAGAUUCACAUUUUGCUUAAUAUGACUCAGGAUUUGGGGCCUAGCUAACAAUCAAAACUUUUCAAACCUAAAAUAUCACUGUAUUGAAGCCCCAACUGUAAUUAAUAAUAUUGACUUUGAGGCCAUUGAACUAUUUCUAUCUUGCACAGAAUUUGUAAAAGAAACCACCUAUUUCUUGUAAAUAAUGUAUUUUAAUAGCUCUCCCCUGUCCUUUUGUGAUCUCUUAAGUCUGUAUUGGUGUUCAUCAAUGGUGUUCCAUAUGUAAGAUUGAAAAAAAAGCAGCUAAAUUGAGCCAGUUGAGAAGCAAAGCCAAUUAAUUUGGUCUUGUCCUCACUGGAAGAAGAGUGGUAGUUAUGCUGUAAGACCUUGAAUGUAAAGGAAAGAUGAGACUCCUUUUUCUUUCCUGCCUUGCUUCUUUCCUAAACAGCACAAUCUCUGCUAGCAGAAAGCUGGUUGCAGGCUUUGCCAUUGUCCAGGGAAGGGGUGAACAAAAUCAGUCACUUCCAAAAACAAAUUGAUUCCUGGGGCUGCUCAGUCCCAUGCAGGGGGAUGUUAAGGAAACAGAAGUGCUCUUCCUGGUCUGCCUGUGAAAUCACUCUUCAAUCUCAGGAACUAAAAUGUAGAAAAGGAUGUUUCCUGGUAGGGAAGUGUAGGUUGUGGAAGGAGGAGGACAAGUGGCAAAGUGGUUCCUUCCUUCCUUCCUUCCUUCCUUCCUUC